ACAGUUCGUUACAAUUGCGCGUGACGGCUUUCCUAGGAAACAGCAGUUUACAUAUACCCUAAAUUUACCUUUUUUUGCCGUUUUCUUUAUUUACAAGCUUACAGGAAGGAAUACAGGGAUCAUUUUAGCUAUUUAUCUUCUCCUAAAUGUUUUUUUGGGAUUCAGAAUACGUGGGUCCUGAUGAGGACGACGGCUCGUUUCAAUGGACAUAUGACAGCCAUGACAAGGAGACAGAAACUGAGCAGAGUCCUCAUAGCUCUGGGCAGAAACCGGAGAAGACUGAGUUAAUUUCUGAAAUAAGGACAGAUCCAGUUGGCUGUGAAAAGGAGGAAGGUGAGGAUGCGGUUCAGAAUAUCCAUGAAGUCAAAGAGCCAAAGCACGAUGUGGAGCCUGUUGAGGAAAAGCCAUGGAGGAAGUCUGGGGCUGAUAUCACAGACUACUUUAACUACGGUUUCGAUGAAGACAGCUGGAAGGCGUACCGAAUGAAGCAUGCUAAGCUCCAAGCAUUCCAAGCACAACAUAUCGCUAAUCUCAUGAGGGAGCAAGCUAAAUAUGAAAUGGAGAUGAUGUGUGCUUCUUCUAAUUCAGGCAGACCAUCUAGGAAAUCCUGCAGACGAAGAAAAGCUAAGACCACUAGGCGUGGAGGCAAAGGGAGAAGCAGGAGAAGCAGAGAGAAAGCACGCCCUUGUCGCACCGAUGCAGCCAAAGAUACUCAGUCAGUAAUGAGGAUUUCCCACAAGAAGGACACCGUCACCAAUUACGACAUGCCACGUUCGGUCAACGUCCGCACUGUGUUCUCAUUUGUGCCUCCACCCUCUUCACUUUUCCAGUUUUACCAAUCUGAGUCCCCCACUAACACACUGAGCAGCGACAAUGUUGGGAACAUCCAGGAGCCCUCGACUUCCCUGUAUCCAUGUUUUCCCGGGAACAUGUCCUCAGACUUUGCAGUGGUUGAUAGUGCCAAAGCCUGGGAGUGCUACAUAAAGCAGCAGCGUAGCAGAGACAGAGACAGAGACAGAGACAGAGAGUACUGCCAUGACAAAAACAGACGGCGAUGCAGUGACAGAGACAAACAGAGGUCUUCCUUGUCACGCCACAGUGAGAAGAAGCUGGCGGAGCGCAGGGACUCUGUAGAUUAUGAGUACAAACGUAGCAGAAUUGAAGGAGUCGCCGGCAAAAAGAAGCAGAAGGAAGAAGAGGACGCCUCGCGAAAAACAUCGCAAAGGUCGAAAAGUCACACAUUUCCAAAAAAAGUAGCAACGCCAGCAGGAAGGAUGACAGGGAGGCCAGGAAGACGAGACACAAUCACGCAAAGGGCAAAGACGCUGAGAAGGCUCGGAGAGUGACUGAGAAAAGGAAAUAAAAUGUCAACAGGCCUCAGAACAACCAAACCUGAAAAGCUUUGUCCCUUUACAUCUCACGUUCAGUUGUACGCAAAGAUGAA